AUUACUCUCGCGAGAGUUUUACUCUCUAUGUGAGACUACGAGGAGGAUAUCCGGCCUCUUUUCGGUGGCGGACGUCAGCCAAUUCAGUCCCCAAAAUGAAGCUGAAUAUUUCGUUCCCGGCCACAGGCUGUCAGAAGCUCAUCGAGGUUGAUGAUGAGCGCAAGCUUCGCACCUUCUAUGAGAAGCGUAUGGCCACCGAGGUGGCUGCUGACCCCUUGGGCGAUGAGUGGAAGGGCUAUGUUGUGCGCAUCAGCGGUGGUAACGACAAGCAGGGAUUUCCCAUGAAGCAGGGUGUGCUGACCACAGGCCGUGUGCGUCUGCUGCUCAGCAAGGGACACUCCUGCUACCGCCCACGGCGUACUGGCGAGCGCAAACGCAAGUCUGUGCGCGGCUGCAUCGUUGAUGCCAACCUCAGUGUGCUGAAUCUGGUCAUCGUCAGGAAAGGUGAGAAUGAGAUCCCUGGACUGACCGACAGCACUGUGCCCCGUCGUCUUGGACCCAAAAGGGCCAGCAAGAUCCGCAAGCUCUUCAACCUGUCCAAGGAGGAUGAUGUCAGGCAGUAUGUGGUCAGAAGACCCCUGACUAAGGAGGGUAAGAAGCCCAGGACCAAGGCUCCCAAGAUCCAGCGCCUGGUGACCCCCCGUGUGUUGCAGCACAAGCGCCGCCGCAUUGCCCUCAAGAGACAGCGCACCCUGAAAAACAAGGAGGAGGCUGCCGAGUAUGCCAAGCUGUUGGCUAAGAGGAUGAAGGAGGCCAAAGAGAAGCGUCAGGAACAGAUUGCCAAGAGACGCCGCCUCUCUUCCCUGCGUGCCUCCACAUCCAAGUCAGAGACCAGCCAGAAGUGAAGCACCCACAUGUAAAUCUGAAAAUAAAACGUUUUGGUGAAAAAAA